CGGUUCGGUCCCUUUUUCCCAAUAUUUAGAACAAUUAGAGUUCAUUUUUGAGCAUAACGAAUACACGGAAGCCAGAUAUAAGGUUUCGUUUUUGGCAGUAUGUGGCCAAGAGGUGUAUUCAGAAUUGAAAAAGUUGUUUCCAGGACGCAAUUUUAGGGAUCUUACAUAUAAAGAAAUAACUGAGGCUCUCAAAAAGCGAUUCGAUAAGUCAGACACAGAGAUUUUACAGAGUGAAGAAUUUUGGACUAGGCGUCAAGGUGAUCAUGAGAAGGCGGAAGAUUUUAUUUUAGCAGUCAAAGUACUGGCAGAAAAAUGUAAUUUGGGAGAACUAAAGCAAAGAGGAAUUCGGGAUGUUUUGGCUAUAGGUGUGAACGACGAAGAAUUACAAAAGCAAUUAUUUAACGAAAAAGAUUUAACAGCCGAAAGGGCUGAGCAGUUAAUUUUAAAUUAUGAACAUGCAAUGAGCCGUACCCGAUUUUUGAACAGGAAAAAGGAGAAAAAUAUUAACAUAAUUUCACGUCUUGGUUCUCGCCCGCAAAGUAGUUUUAACAAUCGCGCCUAUUCUUCGAAGUUUUCUGGAGGUUUUAGAGGAAGAGAUCGUAGCCUGGAAAGAAACAACUUUAGAAAUCGUUCGUUUUCUUCACGCAGUAGGAGUGGAGACCGGUUUUCUAAUAGAAAACGUUUUAAUAAUGAAAAGAAAGUUUUCAUUUGUUCCUUCUGUAAAAAGAAGGGACAUACCAGAAAAUUUUGCUAUCAGUUGAAACAAAACAACAAAAUUUAUACAAAAAAUCAAAAUAGUGUAAAAUUUUUGGAUACUCCAAAAUCACCUAUUCCUUCUACAUCUUCUUCAAUUUUCAAGCGUUUAAAAGCAGACUUGGAGUCUGAUAGUGAAGACGAAUUGUCGUGUCUCAUGAUUGCAUCGGGAAUUGGGUCUAAGCCUAGAUCAAAUGGUCCUUGUUAUGUUGAAACCCUAAUUGAAAAUAAGCGUUUAACCAUGGAAGUCGAUUGCGGUUCGGCUGAAAGCGUGAUUUCGGAGGAGCUAUUCUUCAGAAAUUUUAAAAACCAUAGUUUGAGUCCGUGCCAUAAAAGAUUGGUCGUGAUUGAUGGGAAAAGGUUAAAAAUUUCAGGAAUGUUUUCAGUAAAGGUAGAAAAUUUGGGGAUUCAACAUAAACUGAAUCUCAUAGUGCUGCGAUGCGACAACGAGUUUACUCCAUUAAUGGGACGCACAUGGUUGGACGUACUAUAUCCGGAAUGGAGGAACAUUUUUGCAAGGCACCAUUUGUUUAGCGGAAGCGUACAUUUGUUGAAAGAAGAUCAAGCGGUAGAAGAGAUAAGGAAUCUCGCUCGGUGGUCGUAUUCUUCAGGCGCACAGACGUCAAUUGAAGAUUUUGCCCGUUUCUCGCAGAGGAAGGAAAUUGGUACUGCAUCCCAACAAUUUUGAUCAACGUAGCAACUUACAGCAAACCAACAUUACGCAACAGCAUACAAAAAGAAGAAGAGAAGAUCUCGACGAUGUCAGUUCCGACUCAGAAACUGAAGGUUUUUUGGGUUUUCCAGCCGAUUCAUUUUUAUAUGAGCAAGAAGCUCUCUCAGAUUUGGUUCCAAUGGAGACGGAACUCGUGCCGGAAGCUCAUCAAGAAGCUGUUCCAGAACAGCGUUCGAUUCGACGUUCAGAAAGAAGAACAAAGAAAAGAAGAAGAAGUGAUUAUCUAUAUUAUUAAUUGAUUUCAUAAUUUCUUAUCGAAUCUUUGUAGAAAUGUUCAAUUUUUUUCGAGCUUUUGAAUUGCUUUUAUUAUUAAAUUUACCAUGAUUGUUUUAGAAAUUCAACACUUGUUUGUAUUCGAUAUUAAUAACAAAUUUAAGGGAAAAGGAAUUGUUGUAUUUAACCCAAAACCAAGAUUUGUUACAUCACCUUGUAA